UACUGAAUCAUUUGCUUUGUAUGUCAAAGAUAAUAUAAAUAUAUUCUGCAGUAUACCUCUAUCCAAUUUAAGUGUUCCUUAAGCAUAUUGCAGGGCAUGGUGUGUUAUUAUGCAGAGAUGUAAUGUGUAGCAUAUUUUAAAAUAAAUGUUUUUAUAUAAAAUAUAAUGCUGCAACGCAUGUUUUAUCUCAGAUCUCUCUUAAAAUCUGUUUCAACAAGUGAUCUUUAAAAACCUAGCAAUUAAAUAUUAGCACAGAGCUGAAAUGCUCUUAAUUGAAUCAGAACUGCUGCUUUUGUUUCCCCAUUCUGUUUGAAAGGAACACUUAAAUUUAAUUUGAAUAGUAAUAUCUUUUGCAAGAACAUUCAUUGGUAGACAGCUUUUCAUGUCCAGAUUAUUUUAUUGGCAGGUACUAAUUACACUAAAGCAUACUUUUUUGCAGUGUUUUAAAAUUGUUCCUAGCACUGUAGUAAUAUUUCUGACAGUUUGAUUUUUCACUGUGCCUGCAAUUGAUGUUUACUAACGUCAGAUCACAAUUUUAUUCUAAAUUUGGCUUUCUUAUAAGAACUCUGCAUUUUAAACAAAAUAACUGUAUAAUAUAUUAAUCCUGGUUGCAGUCUCAUUUGCAUAUCCUAACUCUUCAAUGGCGGCAAGAAGAACACGGAUUGACAAUUGGAUUCCUCCAGUUUUUUUGUGGCAUUGAUUUUUAAGGAAUUGGGAGAUUAGCUGUAUAAAUGCACAGUGCUUUUCAACAAUUAAUAUAACUAACAUUGAUGUAAACUAUUUUGAGAAUCAGCAAAAAAUGUACCUACCAUUUAGUAAUCUGAAUAUGGUUGGAAUUUACUGAAUGCAUUAUAUAAAAAGUUUAUUGUUGUAAUGGACUGUUUGUAGUUGGCAUUUUAAAUAUGAAAGUUUUAUAUUUAAAGUAUGAACUGGAGAGAAGAUAAAUUUAGCCUUCUCAUAUUGUGAUUUUAAAUUAUUAGAAGUUUCUUUUCAAGUUAUUUAAUUAAGAAUUAAAAUAUAGUUAAUUUUUUGGGAUGAAAAUGAUUUCCCAUUUCUAUGCAGUAUAUGACAUUGAUGUUACCCUACGCACUUUUUUUCUGUUCUUCAGUUAAUAUCUUUUUAAAAUGCUGCAUACAGCUUUUUGGUAAUAUAGUAUUUGCAUGUAAUAUACAGCCUUUCUCUGUGCUAAAGGGUCAUUAAUAUUUAAGAUUUAUUUUGACGUUUCAGUUCUAUAAAGGUUUUCUGUCUUAUUCCCUACAAACAGAGGCAGGUGAAUCUAUGACCUUCCAAAUGUUUCCAAAAUCUAGCAUUUCUUGGCCUUUCAUUCUGGGGCUCAUGAAAACUACCAUCCAACAACAUUUGGAGGGUCAUAGAUUUCCCACUCCUCUCUAACACAUUGUAAAUGUAAUAGUAGAAGAUGAGGCAUGCUAGUAGUUAAGCAAAAUUAUUUAGAUUUCUUCUAUAAGAUAUAACUGAACUAUGAACCAUUGAAAUAUCAAGUUAAAAUAGUUGCAUUAUUGAUACUGUCACAGCUUCUAAGUAGAGAGCAACGUCUUUCAAAUGCUAUUGAACUGUUUUAGGCAUGACUUUAAACAAAAGAGUUUUAUGAACCUUUAAAAUAUGCAGGUGCCUGCAUUCGUUAGACUAGGUCUGGGCACAAAUAAUGAGGUGAAAUAAUAAUUUUGAGCAACUAAAUUUAGUGAAAUUUAGGCAUUCUGAAUUUUAAUACUAUUUUUAACUGAAAAGUGACUCAGAUAGCUUUCUGUCUGAUCACAGCAUGGAAAUGCCCAGCCCUAAUCAAAGCAAACCCUACUAAAGUAGAAUAUUCAUUGAUUUUAGUUGAUAAAUGUCAACUGAUAACUUGUCUUUUGAAAUGUUUUAACUUUAGUAAGCUUACUUUUUUUUUCCUCACUACAACUUUUCCAGGUUUGGACCUUAUGAGUCUUACGACUCCGGGUCUUCUCUGGGUGGGCGAGAUCUGUACAGAUCUGGCUAUGGUUAUAAUGAACCCGAACAAAGCCGCUUCGGAGGUAGUUAUGGUGGUCGAUUUGACAGCAACUACCGGAAUAGCCUUGACUCUUUCGGAGGUAGAAACCAGGGCGGGUCUAGCUGGGAAGCACCUUACUCACGCUCAAAAUUGAGGCCUGGGUUUAUGGAGGACAGAGGAAGAGAGACUUACUCUUCCUACAGCAGUUUUUCUUCACCCCAUGUGAAGCCUGCACCUGUAGGCUCUCGGGGGAGAGGAACGCCUGCUUAUCCUGACAGUGGAUUUGGAAGCAGAAACUAUGAUGCUUUUGGAGGACCAUCAACAGGCAGAGGCCGUGGCCGAGGAUAUAUGGGAGACUUUGGAGGCAUGCAUAGACCUGGAAUUGUGGUAGACUAUCAUAACAAACCCAGUUCUGCAGCAGUAGCUGCACGAGGAAUAAAGAGAAAAAUGAUACAGCAGCCGUAUAAUAAACCAGGUGGGACAUUUAUCAAGAAACCCAAACUGACAAAACCUAAUGUGAAGAUGAACCAAAACAAACCUAAUAAAACCACAGAAGCUCAGAUAUCUCAAGGCGCCUCCAGCAGUUCCUCCAGGCACCAGAAAUCCAGAUCACCCAAUCAGGAGGCUGCUGGGAAAUUCAGAUCCAAAGCUAUCUCUUCCGAAGCUGCUGAGAAGGAAGCAAGCAGAAGGCACCAGGCAUUGGAAAAACAAUUAUCCAAAGCUGCAAGGCAAAAGAAUGAUCCAAAGGUUGGUCAGAUUACUUCUGUUCCCAAGGAGGCAUCGGCUCCAUCAACCUCUGCUGCUUCAAGUGCCUGGUCUCCAAAAGGGGAAACAAGUCAGUUCAUAUUUCCCAUGGCAGAACAGGUGGAGAUGGUUCCCCGUUCCAGUGAGGGGCUUGGCCUUCAUAUCCCUACUCCUCCAGGUACAGCUAGACCUCUGGGCCCAGAGGCCACAUUCACUCCUACAGCAGCAGGGCUUCGCCCUCCAGAGGCUCAGGAGACAGAAUUAUUAGAACGAAUGCAGCUACUGAUUUCUCAGGCUAUUGCCCAAGGUGUAGCUUCAACCCUACAACAGAAAGCUCGACCUGAGUCAGGGAUUCCAUCUCACAGCAAUGUAUCAUAUCUCUCCCAGGCGGAAGCAGCUGCAUACCAAGGGUCAGUGUCCCCCUCCAAUUCCUCCAUGAGUAGAGGGUCGUUCAUAGGGGACGACGAACAGACAGAACAGGAGAUGUCAGAAGAUGAGAAUUUAUCCCCUGAUCUUUCUCCUUUCAUGAGUGUGUUUAAUCCGGCCCUCUUUAAAUCCCUACUUCACAAGGCCAGGAGCACUGCUCAGAUUGGUUCUGAGGGGGCCCCUCAGGCUGAACCUUCCACCAACCAGGGACCUACCAGUCAGGUCUUUUCAGAACCCACUUUCACUCAGCAGGACAUUCCCUGUCCUCCCCUAUUCCUCAACAUAGUCCAAAGACAAUGGGAGGCACCUGGUACUUUUCCAUCCCCGGGGGAAACUGACAAAAAAUUGUUUAAUGUGGCUUCAGCACUGUCAGAGUUGCUAGCAGUCCCCAUGGUAGAUGAGCCAUUAGCAUCAUUGGUUUCCUCCUUCACGGUGUCUGGAGAUACAGCGGAGGCUUUGAAAUCAGAGGAUAAGAAAGCGGAGCUUAAUUUCCGCAGGACUCAUCAAGCCUUAGCAUGGGCGGUAAAGGCAGCUGCAUCUACUUCUUUUUUCGCCAGAACUUCACUUCUCUGGCUCCACCAGUUGCAAGCUAGGGUCCCGCCUGAAGAGGUACGGAUGCACCAAGACUUAAACAAAUUAGUGGCUGCAUCAGAGUACAUGGUGGACUCAUCCUUGCACGCGGCCAGAUUUUCCUCUCGAGCAUUAGCGUCUAAUAUCACCUCUCGGAGACUUUUGUGGCUCAGACAGUGGAAAGCGGAUGCUAGGUCCAAGUGGCAGUUGGCCUCAGCCCCUUACGUGGGAGGCCAGUUAUUUGGAGAGGCACUAAACCCUUAUCUGAAUGAGAAUGAGGAUAAGUGCAAGGUCAUGUCCCAUCUUAUUAAGAGAGCAGACAGAGCUACCCCUUACGCCCACAAGCAGUCCUUUUGCCCCACCGACACAGGGUCAGAAUUCACUAACAGGGACAGGUCCAGACAGCAAUUUCAGACCAAGCGGCCCUUUCGAGGGAUGGGAGGUCGUCCUUUUAGGCGGUCCAAGUGACAGCAAGGGUGCCCCUCCCAUAGGGGGCAGGUUGGCUCUCUUUGCACACAAAUGGGAGGACACUACUACAGAUCUCUGGAUCCUCAACACCAUCAGAUUUGGCCUGAUUCUAGAGUUCAACUCCACCGCCCUGAGGCAUUUUGUCUCUUGCCCAUCAUCCAAAAAUCUGGUCAAAAGAAGCCUCAUGAAAGAGGCCAUUCGACAUCUCCUGGAGAUCCAGGCCAUAGAAUGGUACCGGCAGGACAGAAGGGAUGGGGUUUUUAUUCCAUUCUGUUCAUUGUUCCAAAGGCCUCGGGAGGGUGGAGGGCAAUCCUAGAUUUAAAGAAAUUAAAUAUCCAUUUGGCAUACAAGAAGUUCAAGAUGCAAACACUCCAAUCCAUAUUAGCAGGCAUUAGAAGGGGGGACCUCCUCAUCGACUGUGGAAGGGCGGCAGCUCCUUCCGCGGUCCGAGAUUGCUCUUUAGGGCCAACGAAGAAAAGAUCGGCCAGUAAAAUGGCUGAUCACUUUGCUGCAGUAACCGAAAGUCAGAAGAACAUUUAAGUGUAUAGAACCACCGUGGUUGAUCUGGGUGAGACCUUUUCUUUCCUCUCUUAGCCUUUUUUUUCCUGUAAAAAGCAUUUUUGGAAUUAUUUCCCUUCUUUGAGAGAGCAUCGUUUGUCAGUGUGGGAAGAGAAGCUUUGAAAAAAGAAAGAAAAUUAAUUUCAUUGACUAUUUUUUACUUCUAUUUACUUUGGAGUCUUGAAAAAAUUCUUAUUGAAUUUCAUUAUUGGAUUUAGUUUAUAUGUGAAGAAUACUAUUUUUUCCUGAUUUUCUUAACGAUAUUUUUGGGUCUGGGAAGAGAUUUUAUAAUCUACUGAGGACACUUUGUGGAGAAAUUUAAAAAAAGCAACUGUUUUUUUUUCUUAUUUGAUGCUGAGGUUGGCUUUGACCUUCAGAUCAUCAUAAAAGGGAAAAGAUAAAGAAGUUCAACAGCUGUUAAAUCUGUGGGGCUGGACAUUGGCUAACUGUUAUUAAAUAUAGCCUCCACUAAAAGAUAACAGGACUGUCUAUAGUUACUAUUGAAAUGGAGAAACCCUAUUUACAACUCAACUGUAAAUUUAUAUUGGAAAAAAUCUAUGAAGCCACUGAGCAAGUAUGCGUUAAAAUAAAAGAGAUUACUACAGAAAUAAAAAACAGAAACUCUGCUUUGAAUUUACAAACUGACCUCCAGACUUCAUUUGACUAUCCUACAGACCAAAAAACAACGGAAGAGGAUUCAAUUCAAUCAAAAGAUUCUAUGCCAUUCUGUAUACAACCUAUUGAGACUCUUGAUGAUCAAAAAGUGACUUUAACUAAACCAUAUACAAUUUCAAAAGUAACAGGAAUGAACGCACAAAUACAAUUUAUUGAGAACUAUGACAAUUUUGACAACCAACUAUUAACCACAAAAUUGGACAUAAUUGAAUGUCUUACUCAGCAGAAUCAAAUGUCGAGAGUUGAAUUUUUAAGGCAACAAGGGAUCAGUUACAAAGGAGUCAGGUUCCUAAAACAGAGGAUGGGACUAUUUUUUUUUUUUAAACUCAAAUGAUACCACGAGGAAUAAAGAGAGAUUUAUUUGUUGAUAUAGAGGCUCUGUAAGGAAACCUUCUUGGCACAAAAAGAAAGCUAAAAUAAGACUUAAGAGUGUGACCUAAAAUUGUAUGUAAUGGGUUAAAAAGGCUUUUUAGACACGGAUUGACUUAAGGUUUAAGAUUUAGAAUUAUAAGUGGGAGGAAAAUUUUUGGCUAGUAGAAUAUAUAUCUGAGAGAUAGACUGUAUUUUUUGAAUUAAUGUGUUUAUGUAUGAUAAUUAUUCUGUAUUGGAUGGAGAAUAAGAAAACGGAUUGUGUUAAUAGAAGAUAUGGUAUUAGUAAAUGAGGAGAUAUUAGAACAAGAAUAGAAUAUGUUUAGGAAAUAUAAGAAUGUAAGUGUGGGAAUAAUAUGCUUUUUUUCUCUUUCUUUGUAGAUAUUAUAAUUAUUAUGUUAUGAAUAGAGGGAAAUUACGGAUACCUGAAAUUUAAAUAAUAAGUUUAAAUGGCUAAUUGAAAUAUGGUAAUUGGAAUUUUGUAAAGCUUAAAUACAGGAUUGGGAUUUAUUUACAAUUAAUGGCUUUUUAUAAAUUCUAUUGAUUGAUGGAUUUGUGCUAGAAAUGUAUUAAUCUGAAUAUGUUACAUGAUUGGUGGGAACUAGAGAGGGAAUUUUAAUGAGUUAAUUUGAAUUAUACAUAAAUGUGUUGGUUUUUGGAUAAUUGACUACCCCAUCACCACGUUGUUUCCUAAGUACUUUGUUGUAAAAAUUGAAAAACUUAAUAAAACUGUAUUUAAAAAAAAA